CCAACUCGCCCCCAAAUUGCGGCGCUAGCCUAUAAAAAAGUAACCGAGUGCACAAAGUUGGACAGAGAAACCUGUUGUUUAAACGUGAACGGAAAAAUAUCAGACAAAAGAAUCCAGGGAGAUGGAGCAAACCGAGGUAGUGAAGCCAGAAACUCUGGACGAAUUGAUCAAAAUCCUGCACAAAAUCUUUGAAAGUGACUGCAUCAAUGUUGACGAGGUGCAAGAUAUAAUGGAAGCAUAUGAGAGCAACCCACAGGAAUGGAUGCAAUAUGCAAAGUUUGACCAGUACAGGUAUACAAGGAACUUGGUGGAUGAAGGAAACGGAAAGUUCAACCUCAUGAUUCUGUGCUGGGGAGAAGGACACGGCAGUAGCAUCCACGACCACACAAACUCGCACUGUUUCAUGAAGAUGCUGCAGGGUCAGCUGAAGGAAACGCUGUUUGAAUGGCCUGACAAUAAAUCACAAGGAGACAUGGUGCAGAAGUCACAGAGAAUCCUCCAGGAAAACAAGGUCGCUUACAUAAAUGACUCCCUGGGCCUGCAUCGUGUGGAAAAUGUCAGCCACACAGAGUGCGCAGUCAGUUUGCACCUGUACAGCCCCCCUUUCCAAAGCUGCCAGACCUUUGACCAGCGAACGGGCCACAAGAACACCGUCAAGAUGACCUUCUGGAGCAAAUACGGAGAGAGGACUCCAUUUGAAAGCAUAAUUUCACAAGAGAACAACUAAUGGUCACCAAAGGAGGCUCCAGUUGAUGAAGACAGUUGCAUUUAAAAUGACAAUGUUGUGAAAUUGAUUUAAGGGAAACUGCUGGGGGAAGCGAAAUGUGGACCUGCUAUGACUAAGCACCCAUUUAAAAAAAUCAGGAACGGGCCGGUUCAAAAGGACAACCCAGUAAUUAGAAUGGCUUUAUCGCUGCCCAGUGUGAGCUUGGCAAAUACUGAUGAGCACAGGACGAAUGCAUGAAUAGGCUUGGACAUGGAUUGAAUCUGCCUUUUGUUUGCUGGGCCUGAGGAGACCCUUUUCCAAUAACAACAUUCCUCUCUCUCCACGACCUGUGUAACCACACUUUUGUAAAGUUAUGGCCUAUAGUCAAAGAGUAGAGCUUCAACGUAUGAAAAAAAGAGAAAAAUACUGCUCCUAUAAUAUUUCUCUUCAAUUGUGUAUUUCAUGAAAAGAAGGCAGUUCUGCAAUCAACAGUUUUGUUAUCAAUGGAGCACUUUUUAAGUUGUACUUACUGUCAAUUUAUACCACUCAAAAUUGUCUUAACACCUGUUGAAAUUUGUGAAGGAAUGUAACAAUGUUUGUAUAAUCUAAUUAAAAAAGACGUUUGUUUCAUUUGCGUUUGAAAAAAAGAAAUGUAAAGCUUUAGAGUUGUGUUGUUUUUAAAAGUGCGAUGGUUGUAAUUUAUUUGCAGGUUUUUUUGUUCACAGUGGGAGUAUUUGAAUCUACAUGCCACCGUGUUCCUCCUAAAUGUGUUCACAUGCGGGUUUUGACCACGAGAGUCUUGUGGAGGGACUAUUUUUUUUUAUAUAUUCAGACCAUACUUUUAGGUACAAUUUCUCAGGAUUUUGGCACAUUUUAAUUGUAGCUGUAUUUGCAUAGUGUGUACUUCUUACAGCAGAGCACUUCUCAUAGCACUGUCGAAAGCAUGCAUGCUGCCUGUGAUGCAGUAAACAAUAAAACGGGCCAUAACUGUAGACCAUUAAACACCAUCUUCCUUUCACAAAACU